UUUGAACACACCAACGACUUCAACGCGUAGGGAAUAUUUAAAAAUCCCGAUGUCCUACAAAUUCGUAAUAUUUUAUUUUGAAACCCCGUAGUGUAUGUUUUAAAUUAUUCUGGUUAAAUCUGGGUAACUUGCAGUUCUAUAUCUGAAAACAGAUAGUGGGUGUCAGAUGAAAGUAACACCGACGCUACUCACGUACACUUUUAGUUUCAGUUUACGCCCGAUGCACCUCUACCGAGUGAGAGCUAAUUACAGCACCAUUAUUUUACAGGUUAAGAAUAUAUUUAUCAUCAAAUAUUAUAAAGACGCGUUUCUCGUAUGUGCAUUUCACAUAAUACACUAGAACAUACUGAACAAACGCAUCCUACAUAUCACUGCUGUCGUCCACUUGCCAUCUAGAUAUGUAGACUAUAGACAGGACAAUGGGGUGCAUGUCGUCCAUCUUACUAUUGUUAAUGUUAAUAAUUUAUUAGGCUGUAAAUGCGAAGAUUUUCCUGACAAAGAAUCUUCUGCCUAACCGACGGCGCGACACUUUGAGGCUUUACACGUCAGAAAACGGCAGUCUGACGUCUGUUGUUGCCUAGGUAACAACACAGCGAGCGCGGCCAUUGGCCGGUGUGCCGCCGUAAAGCACGUCAGCGCAGCGAGUACGGCGAUGUUGGUGGCUAGCGGAAUACGGCUGCAUUUCUCAAAAGUAUUGUUUUAAACGCAGCGGCGUCUAUUUGUUCGCGGUGGUUCAGUAGCAGUCGGUUAACAUGGCUGAGAAAUUUGACAACCUGGAGGAGCACCUGGAGAAAUUCAUCGAGAACAUUCGACAGUUGGGAAUCAUCGUCAGCGACUUCCAGCCUAGCAGCCAGACAGGACUCAACCAAAAGCUGAAUUUCAUGAUCUCCGGCCUGCAAGACAUUGAGAAGUGCCGUCAGCAGCUCCAUGAGAUCAACGUACCGCUGGAGGUGUUUGAAUACAUUGACCAAGGUAAAAACCCUCAGCUGUACACGAAGGAGUGCCUGGAGAGAGCCUUGGCCCGGAACGAGCAGGUCAAAGGGAAGAUUGACACUAUGAUGAAAUUCAAAAGCCUUCUUAUCUCCGAGCUCACUAAAGUUUUUCCAGAAGAGAUGUCCAAGUACAAGGCUAUCCACGGAGAAGAUGGCCCCUCCUAGUGGAUCUGGCAGCGAGUGGAGUUUCCUUGAGCAGCUUCCUCUGUGGCUGCCACCUGAAUGUGUUAUUUACCCAGUCAUGUCAUAAACGCUGCACUGCUGUUCCUGAUCAGUAUCCCGAGGGAGAAGAGCUUGGUUGCUACUGUUCUCCAACUUCAACGUCUUCAUUUGAAGGGAUACAAAUCAUGAGAAACGGAUAGUUUUUCACAUUCUUAGUUGCCAGGAGAAAGAUCUUUAUUUUCUGUUGAACUGUGAUCACUGAUUUACAGCAGAAUAUUUCCACAGCUCCCAACAACACCACAAAUGUUUGGAGCUACACAGGACCUAUCUGCAUUACAGAUUUUAUUUCAUCAGUUGUACAUACUGUCUAUUUAUAAUCUAACACAACAUUUUUUAAUGCUCCCUGAUUAUUGUGCGUCAUAGAUUUGUAGUGUACAGAUGAUGUUUUGUAUGAAUCUCAGGUUUCUAAUGGCCAUGAUAACGGAAUGCAAAUGUAAUUUGAUCCCCAUUCUGUGCCUGAUCGCUGAAUAUGGUCAGAAAUUAGUCCAUUCUUUAUUUGUAACCUGUUUGUAUCAUAGGAUUUGUUAAUAAAUGAUCCUUGAUGGACUGA